AUGAAGAGGCUACCGAGAACUAAAAGUAAACGAGUUUCUCUUCGCCAAAAACACAGGCUGGUUAAGCGUUCUAAAGAAGCUGCGAAAAAACUCAAAAAAGAAGCGAAAAAGAUGAAGAUCAUGGGAAUCAAAAAGUCAACCACAAAAGGACUAGGAAUUCCAAAUUCGUGCCCAUUCAAAAAAGAAAUACUUGAAGAGGUGCAGAGAGUGCAAGAAACUGAGGCAAGAAUUAAGAAAGAAAAGAGGAAACAAAGACAAGCCAAGCUAGCCGAGGAAAAGGGAGAAUCGGGAAAUUUAUAA